GCAAAGAAUGACAAGUUUUCUCACGUGCGGUAAAGGCAAACCCUUCUUCUUCUUUUCUUCUUCUUCUUCUGCUGCCGCCGUGUGACGCAUCAACGUCGUCGGUUUGGUUGCUCGACGUUCCAGUGCGCAUCCUUCUCCAAGUCACAAGUCGCAUCGCCUUAAAAGACAUGGCCGAAGGGGGUUUUGACCCUUGUGAAUGCAUCUGCAGCCACGAGUACGCGAUGAGGCGCCUCAUCAACCUGCUCAGACAGUCUCAGUCCUACUGCACGGACACAGAGUGCCCUUUGGAACCGCCCGGACCGAGCGGAGGGUCCCUCGGUGGUGGCGGAGAGCUGACCCUCCCCAUUCUGAUGAUGGGAUGGAUGCUACUCGCUGUGAUCCUGUUCCUGCUGCGCCCUUCCACUCUCCGAGGUUCCUCCUCCACUGGAAAACCCACCGAAGCCCACAAUAGAGGUGGAAGAGAGCCACCAGCGCCACCUGUUGACUAGGAGAGGAAGUUGUUGCACGCUGUCUGAAAGUGUGUUGCUACUACAGCACAGAUAAUACCUGCCCCGUGUCAGCCUUCAUUCAAAGAUAUUUUCCUACUUUGAACUCUGUUCUAAUGCCAAUCUAUCUUGGAGUAAUAUCUUUUUUGAGCUCCCCAACUGAAGCAUAUAUUUUGAGGUCAGUGAUGUACUGUAUAUACUGUAUGAACUAUAUACACAUAAUUACUUUUGUGAUGAUCAGUUUUUAAAGGUGUACAUUUUUUUUUUGAAGAUAAAUUUACUUCCUCAAAUGAAGUACAUACUGUAUUUAUGCUGCUCACUGAAAGCAAGGCAUAAAGAAGGAACGUAUCAGGCAAGAUAUUUGUCUUGGACAAAGAGGAUUCUUGCAUAUUUACACCUAAUACAGCUUUAAGAGGUGCUGUUUGCACAAUGUAUUUUAGUUGUAUAAUUAAAUCAAGAUACAGCAGAUAAUCUUCAUGCAUGAUUUUCAUUGUAAAUGUUUCAUUGACAAUUAAAUGCAUCAGCCUCAUA